AUGGCUGCAUCCCUUCCGCACAUUGCGGCUCGAGGCCACGGAUCCAAUACAACAUACAUAUAUGAGUACUCCAGAGGACUGGGCGGCGUAGAUGUUCCCCGUGAUGUGAUCAUCACGCGAAUCAUCUACGUCUCUCUCGCCACCCUCGCUGUCGCCUUAUUCUGUGGCCGAAUCGCCCAGAUCAGCCAUGCCUACCUUCGUCAAAUCACGGCCUCUGGCACAACGAAACGGGAACAGACCUUCUGGGCACAGGAGAGCUCAUCAUGGUGGCCCAACCUCAAGAAACACUUCUUAUACGCCCCAUUAGGAAAGAAACGACACAACCGAGAGAUGCAGCUCUCUUCUGCUCUCAAUGUCGGCACUCUUCCAUCCCGGUUGCAGACCAUCUUGGUCAUGCUCUACUUCGUCAGCCAGGUCGUCUACUGCGUCUACCUCGACUACAGUGUCAACGAAAAGAAAGCUCUGGUAGCUGAGCUCCGCGGCCGCUCCGGGACGCUGGCCGUCCUCAACAUGGUCCCUCUCUUCCUCCUCGCAGGCCGAAACAACCCAUUAAUCUCAAUCCUGCACAUCAGCUUCGACACAUACAACCUGCUUCACCGCUGGCUAGGUCGCAUCGUCGUCGUCGAAUCAGUCGUGCACACAGCGGCAUGGGCCGUCAACGCCUGCGACGAGCAAGACUUCAACCACAUGCUGACCCGUCUCCGCGACACCCCCUUCUUCGCCUGGGGUUUAGUCGGUACAGUCGCCAUGAUCUUCCUCUGUCUGCACUCGCCCUCGCCCAUCCGCCACGCCUUCUACGAGACCUUCCUCCACCUCCACCAGUUAGCAGCAGUCCUCGCCUUCCUAGGCGUCUACCUCCACCUCCAACUAGACAGCCUCCCACAACGCAGCUGGUCACAGGUGAUAGCAGCAAUCUGGCUACUGGAACGAAGCGCCCGCCUCUUCCGCCUAAUCCACCUAAACGUCUCAACAUCAGGCACAACCUCGAUGACGGUCACGGCCCUACCAGGCGAAGCCUGCCGAGUAACCUUCCAUCUCCCAAAACGCAUCUCAAUCGAACCAGGCUGCCACGUCUUCGCCUACAUCCCAGCCGUAAGCUGGUGGAUGUCCCACCCAUUCUCAAUCGCCUGGUCCGAAACAACAGACAGCCCCUACGCCUUCGCGUCACCACACACGCCCUCCCUCUCCCGCAGCCUCUCCCUAACAAGAAACAACCCCAAAACCUCAAUUUCAAACCCAAUCCCCCUAACUCCCUCCUCCCUCGAAAAACAAUCCCCCACCUUCCCCCUACCCCCAAAUCCAUCAUGCUCAAAAACCCAAAUCACACUCAUAAUCUCCGCGCGCGCAGGAAUGACCCGCCGCCUCUACAACCUCGCCAACCAAGCCCCCCAGAAAUCCCUCUCCCUCCCAGGCUUCAUCGAAGGUCCAUACGGAAGCCACCCCUCCAACCCGGCAAGCUACGGCACAACAGUCCUCUUCAGCGCAGGGGCCGGAAUAACCCACCACCUCCUGUACACGCGGUCCCUUCUCCAGGCCGCCGCAGAAGGGACAUGCGCCACGAAGAAGAUCUACCUUAUCUGGUCUGUCAGAUCGACGGAUCAUCUAUCCUGGGUUUCGUCGUUCAUGGAUCAGAUCCUGCGUCUCCCCGGGCGGCGGGAUAUACUGGUUGUCAAGCUCUUCGUCUCGAAGCCUCGUCGGGCCGCGGAUAUUGUUAGUCCGUCUGCCACGGUGCUUAUGCAUGGUGGCCGGUGUCGACCUGAGGUGGUUCUUGAUGAGGUUUUGCCCGGGAGGACGGGGGCCGCGCUUGUUAGUGUUUGUGGGCCGGGGGCUUUUGCUGAUGAGGUUAGGUCUGCGGCCAGGGGGUGGAUUGGGCGGGGGGCUGUUGUUGAUUUUGUGGAGGAGGCUUUUACUUGGUGA